AUGCGAUAGUUAUUUUUUCUGGAGUUGUUGAAAUUAGGUACAUAUCCAAGGAUUUAAUCAUUUUAUUCAGGUUAUAACACUUUCCGUGCAUCGAAAGCCUAUGCUGCUUCUAUGUUUUUAUAAUACCUGUUAAGGAAUGGCAUCGACAACUCUUUAUUCGCAAAGGGACCCGAUGCUGAAAAAGAGAGAUGACUUUGAAGACAUUUUGGAGGAAAGGAGAAACUCCAGCGACUUGAAAUAUGCAGUGAGGUGCUAUGCUCCGGUUCUUUACAAGGGACUUACUCCCUGCAAAGCAAACAUGCUCAAGAGCAUGGUUCUCCAAUCUGAUCACCUACGCUAUGUCAUUAAUCAGGUGUCACAAGAGUCUGGCGAGGCUCCUGACAUCAUCCACGAAGAAGCCUCUGUCAUUCUGGAGGAGAUGGCCCACCGACUCAAGAUCAGCACUGUCCGCUUCUUUGCCUUCACCCUCACCAAAGCAUUCAAAACCCUUUUUCAACAUAUCUGUGUAAACGAGGAAGGCAUCCACAGACUCCAGCAGGCCAUCCAGGAGCAUCCAGUGGUGCUGCUACCCAGUCACCGUAGUUACAUGGACUUCCUCUUGAUGUCCUACAUCCUGUACACCUACGACCUCGCCCUGCCUGUCAUCGCAGCUGGCAUGGAUUUCAUGGGGAUGAAGUUCAUUGGCGAGAUGCUCCGGAUGUCAGGAGCUUUCUUCAUCCGGCGCUCGUUUGGAGGCGACAAACUUUAUUGGGCUGUGUUCUCAGAGUAUGUAAAGACCAUGCUGAGGAAUGGGUUUGCACCAAUUGAGUUCUUCUUAGAGGGCACAAGGAGCCGAACCUGCAAGUCCCUCACCCCUAAAAUAGGGCUACUGAAUAUUGUGAUGGAACCUUUUUUCAAAGGAGAGGUGUUUGAUGUGCACCUUGUGCCUAUCAGCAUCAGUUAUGAGAGAAUCCUGGAGGAGUCUCUAUACGCCAGGGAACUCCUGGGUGUGCCCAAGCCUAAAGAGUCCACCUCUGGACUUUUGAAAGCCAGGAGAAUCCUCAGUGAAAACUAUGGCAGCAUUCAUGUGUACUUUGGCCAACCGGUGUCAAUAAGGAGUCUGGCCCAGGACAAGGUCAACCGCUGCAAGUACAACCUUGUCCCAAGACACAUUCCUCGGAAGCCCACGAAGGAAACCCAGUCAUUUGUGACCGACACUGCCUACAGAAUAGUUCGUCUGCAGGAGGACAGCAUGGUGCUGAAGCCCUGGGUCCUAAUGGCCUCCAUCCUCCUGCAGAACCUGGAGGGCCUGGAACUGUCUUUGCUGACAGAGCAGACCCUCUGGCUCCGAGGCCUGGCCCAGUCCUGUGGGGCCUUCCUGGACUGGCCUGACCAUACUCCCUCAGCAAAGGUGGUGUCAUCCAGCCUGGCUCUGCACAGGGGUUUGGUGUGCGUCUCAGGGGGCCGGGUUAGUUUGGUGCUGGGUGAGCCCCAGGGCUUGGUGACCCCAGAGGAAGCUCUCUUUAAUCGGGCUGUCAGCGUGCUGUCCUGUGCCUCCUACAGAAACCAGAUCCUCCAUGUGUUCAUCCGGCCUGCCAUCCUGGCUGUUGCCAUACACAACGCUGCCUCUUCGAAGAAGGAUGAAGUGUUCAACUGCUUCAGCUUCCUUUGCAAAAUGUUCUCCGAUGAGUUCAUCCUCUGUCCUGGGGACACUGUCCAGGACUUUGAGGAGGCUUGUUACCUGCUGGUUAAAAGCGGUUCUGUUCAGACGCUGCAACAGAACAUUGUGGUAACAGACCGAGGCCAGUCCACCCUCUCCUUCUUAAAUGGCCUGCUUGAGUCCUUCCUUCAAGGCUAUCAGGUGGUAUGUCAGUAUUUCUGUGAGGAGGCCUGUGACAGCCUUACAGAGAAGCAGUACAUCCCUGCGGUCCGCAGCUUUGCUGUCAAACUCAUCCUGGCAGGAAACCUGAGAUGCUAUGAGGUGCUAUCGUCAGACAUGCAGAAGAAUGCUUUAGCCGCAUUGUUGCGCCUGGGCGCUGUAAGCAAGGUCAAAGUAGCUGAUCAAGUAACUCUCAAAGUGAACAAGCUGGCUGUGAAUUCAUUAGAAGAUACACUGGGAGGCAGACUUCCGACUCAGAAAGCUGUCCUUGCUCGAUUGUAAUUCCUUCACUUUGCAAAGCCAAUGAAAACUCUGGAGUGUACAGGAAACUCUGCCUUCAUUACCAUAAUGCAACAUUUUCCAGGAGUGCACAGCUUUGCUGACUACAAAGGCUGUUUUCUCAUCAUUUUUUUAAAAGGGACUUCACAGGACUGCCAUCUGGGACGCUUUUAAUACACACAGUCUUCAAAAAUAACACAAAAAACGUUCCUUAGAUCUUUGCUCAUGCUAACUACAUUUUUAUUUUGUAAUCACUUCCAAGGUUGCCAACCUAAUUUAAGUAUUAACCAUUUUGAUUAACAACGUUUGUGGUUUGUUUUCUAAUACUGUGUUCACUCAUUAGUAUAUAUUCUUUAUUUGUUAUUUUGGGGUUAUGGAGCUUGCUGUUGCAUAGCUGCUGGUAUAGUCUGUCAGAGCUUUGUAUUGUAUUGCACUUUUGUAUUUAUUUAUGUAUUUGCAUCGACUUUCUCCUCUUUCUGUCUCUCUCCUCUUGGGAUUGCCUUUGGAUGUUUUUUUUUUCGGGGAAAUCAUUGUUACAAAAUUGGGUUUUUGUUGUUCAUGGACCCAAUUGAGGGUGCCAGCCUAUGUACAGUAUAUUAAGUUAACACUAGGUCAAUCAUAAAUUGUAUUUACUAUAUUUUGUUAUGUGACAAAAACGAUCACCAGGGAUCUAUUUGGAGAGGUGACCGUGAAGCACCCCUCCUGUGAUCCAAGCCAAAGGAUUUGGGAUGAUUUCUUCUGAAGGGAAUAAUAUCCAUCCAAACAUUUCCCAGGAGAGGCAUGUGUUGUUCACAUGCGUUUUAUACAGCUACGGUGCAGCAGGCAGUGAUAGAUAUCCUACUGCUAAUAUACUGCAGCGUCAUCGACUGAGGAUUUGCUAUAUUGUCUAAACAACAUUUCAGAUUUUGUCUUGUAGGUGGUACAAAGUCAUGAAACACAUGACCAUUGAUCUCUGUUACCAAGUCAUCUGUCGCCGAGUGGCAGCUGAUGCGUUUAAUCCGGGUCUCCUGCCAAAGUUUAAAGUCCUUGUUAACCUGUCAGUCUGUCGUGCAGGUUGCAAUGUAUAUGUGUUUUGCAGUGGAAUUAAUAUUGUCUGAGCACGUGAGCGCUUUUGCUGUUUGGUGAUACCUAACUGUUUGACGGUGUGUGUCUGUUUGAAACCAUCAUCAAUAAUGGCAUUUGAAGUAAAUCUACAGCUGAGGCAAUAAAUAUGUUAGACGGCCUGAUUGUUCUGUGGACUAUGGUGGUGUUACGGUUAUCAAUAAGCGAACGUGCACAGUGUUUAUAAUCUGCCCAUAGAGGGCAGGCUUGCUCCUCUUUCUUCAAAAUCUUCUACGCUGUCGAUUUCCAGGGAAGUAAUUUAGACAGACGUGCCGUAUCACGGACGUAUUUUUCAUCAUGUUGUUUUGUUGUCAUGCUGCUGAGUAAGAAAAUACAGCCAGCAAAUCCCCAGACUUCCAUCCAUUUCUCUCUGACUAACUGUUGGGUUCUCUACAGUCACCGGUCUGCUCACACUAUAUUUACCUUCUCAAUUCAGCCCUCCGUUGAGCUCUUUUAACAGCAAUAUCAGCACCUUUUUUUUCAUGACAUCCUUUAUUUAAGGUGCAUGAACCAGAUUAACUCCGUUCAACUGUGCUGCUGCUGCUGAACCGAUAAGGCCGGGUGGGCUUUCCAUCUGCAGAAGUGCAGCUUGGGUUUUUAACACCAAUCUUUGCUUUUCCUAUUACUCCACUAACCCGCCACUUCAUUUGGUUUGUAUUGAGUUUGUUAGCGUGCUCCUGGGAGUGGUGGCCUCAUCAUGAAUGGAAGAUAGGUUCACUGGAACUCCCCUGGGGCCGAUGACAACUCGGUUACUCUGAUUGAUUUAAUACAUUUCCUUAAAUGGCUCGCUGCAUAAGUGUGAACACUAAGCCCUGGUCAUUUGCUCAGGUAACAAUUAUGUGCCAUAAUGACAGCCCCAUGGAAAAGGCCAAUGACAGGGCAUGAAUGCUUUACAGUUGGAGAAAAUUCAUUCAGCCUUCCUAUGUUGUCAUGUCUCACACUUCGGAUGGAGCAGUAGCUGUCUGAACACUGUCAGCGAUAGCAUUAAGUUAAAAGAGCGACGAGAUCUUGACACGGCGGGGAGACGCUUUAGUCCCCUGACUUCUCAGAGUCUACUCCUAGCUCCCUGCACCUGCGUGUUGUCUAAUUUGAGGGAUUUGCCGAGUGAGGAUGUCACACCUUGUGGAACACAUUGUUUUAACUUCAGCCAGUGAUCUGAUCCAUUAGCAGUCAUCUCUCACACCACUGGGCCUACCCGAUCCCCCCCUUUUCCUGUCCUAUCCCAUAUCAGUGCAGUGUCUCAGCUCUGUGAGAACUCUCGAGAUGCCAGUUUGACAGGAAAAUAAAUGAUAAUCCUCAGAUAGCGACCACAAUGAAGUGACAGCCUGGAGAAGAUUUAAUAAAAUUCCAUACAAUCUAAUUGAAGUGGUGAGCCUGAAGUGGUGAGCCCCCCCCUCCCCCGCUCCCUCCCCCACAGAGAGCGAGCUCUCUUUGUUUUUGUUGUGAUCUCUGAAGUACACAUUAUCACUAUAAAGAAAAAAAGUAUUUGGUUAAAUAAUGAAUCUUCCAUAGUGAGUUCUUCCAAAAUCUUCGCACCCACCUGCCAUGCAAAUGAGCUAAACAAAGUUGUUCUCAAAUGAGAAAGCAUCUGCUGUGAUAAUGUAGGAAAUUAUGGCACAGAAUGUUGAUCAAUUAAGUUCUUUAAUACAGUGUGUAGUAUGUGUAUAUUGUAUUUUUACUCUGUACAUAUAUCAUAUGAAAGAAAUCCUAUUGUACAAUGCCUUACAUGCAUCAGAUGGCAUUGAUCAAGCACGUUUAAUAUGCUGUUAAUGUAUUGCAUUAUCCACGCUUCAGCACAAAAACAUGUGUUUUUAGGCUUAUCUUCUUCUCUGUACCCCCAAAAUUGGAUAUCAUUACAGUCAAAGAACAUCUUAAUGUGUUAUUUCCCUUCCUUUGAGAUGAGGUUCACCGCCUUUACCUGUGAGCUCAUCAAUGGAAGCACAAGAUGUGUAACAGACAUUUAACAUCUAUUAAAUGAAGGCUCUGCA